UCAACAUUGAACCCGAUGACGAGAGCGUCAGUGGAGAAAGUGCUCAAGAUAGCUACACCGGGAUGGGUAAUUUAGAAAAGGCAGCAAUGAGCAGGUAUGGGAUUAAAAAUGACCAGGGUCCACGGUAAAAUGACAGGUUUAUGGAUGUGAAAAACAAGGUUUUUGGCAGGAAGAAUUGGACUCAUUAUCUAUUUGCAAGAUAACCAUGACAUUGAUGUUCACACAUCAACUCUGAUCCUGAAGUUCGUUAUUAUAUCAUCAUUAUAUGUCAGUCUGAUAUAGACUGUGUGUGACUAAUUUAGAAUUGAGGUUACAGUGUUCUAGUCCCCAUUAAUAUAGAACAUUCAAAGUUAUAUAACCUAUCACUUCUUUCACCUUUUGGACUAUUUUCCCCUCAGAUUUCUCUUCCUUUGCCCCUUCGAUGUUGCCGCAUCUCCAGAAUUCUGUGGUGAUUCUUUGGUCACUAAAAGUGACAUGUGAGCAAGCUCAUUGACAACUCUCACAGUUCCACUCACCGAAUGUGUGCCAUGUCUUCAGCCUGUUAGACUUCUCACUUCAUUUCAGGUCACUCUAUCCAACUAUCUACCACACGUCUCUACAGGGUGCCUCAUGUGUCUGAAUUGCCUCAUUUAUAAAGUCAAACUUGGGAUGUCUAAUAUUGAACUCCUGUAUUUCUCUUCAAAAUCUCCUCCUCCUCCAGGAAUUGCCAUCAUGGUGAAAAUCACCACUGUCUUGUAGCAACUCAGUCAAAAGACCCUGACUGUCAACCUCGAAUCGUCCCUUCUCCCAGCCACACAUCCAGUGUUUGAUUAUAUCUGAUUGGUUCUACCUCUUUAAUGUUUCAAAUCCACCCUCUUCUCUGUACCCAUUCUACUGCCAUCUUACUCUAGGACCUCAUCAUCUGUCACCUAUUAGAACAGCCUUUCCUGUCCCUUGGUCUCCCUGUCUUACAUUUUGCUCUCCUCCAACUAGCUCUUCACAUCCCUGCAAAAGUAAUCUUCUACAAUUGAGAGUAACUCAGGUUCCAUCCCUUGGUAAAGCCUUUCAGUGGCUUCCCAUUAGCUAUAAGACAAAGAUUGGGCCAUACCUUGUUUGGCAUGUAAGGCCCUUCUUGAUUUGUCCCUGAUCUGGCUCUCCUGUUCAUACCUUGCUCUGCUCCCUUUUUGUAGGAAAGCCUUGUUGAGCCAUUUCCAGCUCCCUGUGCCUUCACUCAUUCUGCUCCAUCAGCCUGGAAUGCCCUCUUUUUGUGUCACUCAUCCACCUUCCCCUUCCUCCAUUGAUACCAUUCAUCCUCCAAGACACAGCUCAAAGUCGGAACUCUGAUGAAGCCUUCCCUCGGGUGAAAGUGACCACCCCUCCUUUGUGUGCCCGCUCUCCUCCAUCAUUCCACCACAACAGGCUACUGGCUUCUGUGGACCCAGCACAUAGCAUACUGCCUGGAACAUAGUAGCUGCACAAUAGACAUUUGAUAAAGGAAAUUCAUUUCUCACAAAAUGGUAUCGAACACAAUGAUGCAUGACUUCAGACACUUAGAAGGAAAUGUUUGACCAAAUCUAGGCCUGAAGUAGAGAAUAUGACCCUCAAACAAGGACAUCUCAUUUCAUUUCACAACAUCCAGGAAAGACCGUUAGGAGGAAGCCCUAUUCUCCCUCCACAGACCUGUGCAGUCAGCUUGUGUGCCGAUGGACUAGGGAGAUGAUGGAGAUGUAACUCGUGGCAUUUUCUAGGUUGAGCAACUCUUGACAAGGCACAGUGUGGCAGAACACAGGGCUUUGGGAUCUGCAGAGUGCUUGCCUGAGUUGAGAGAAGAUAUUUACCUUCUCAUGAGCUUCAGUGAAAAAUGCAGCACGACCAACUAGCACCUACUUUUCUGAGGAUUAAUUACAUGAAUGCCUGAAAGAUAGCUGAUCCCCAAUAAACUUUGGUUCUUUCCCCUUCACUUGUCACCUUUAGUAAAUUGACCAAUUCUGAGGGCUCUUGUUUCUGAGAAGGAGGCACAUAGAUAUGAAUUCAGCAGAGGUGGCUGAGCAGAGGGGGACACCAUCCCGAGAACAGUCCUACAGGGUCAUUCGAUUUGGUCCUCUAAAAGCCACAGCGGAAAGUUGGGAAUGCUUCUGUUAAGCUUCAUACAAUGUGUUCGGGACUGCUUACAGUGACUUAGCUUUUAACUCCUGACUCAGACCCAGUCAUCAUUUUGCAAUUUUAUAAUCACUUUAAAAAGAUGGGUUUUGCUUAUGUCUGGUUGGAUUGAUCCCUUCAAUGUAAAUUGUUGGGAAAUUGAACAUAAUUCAUUUAUUUGGAAUCAUUAUACUUAUGUUUUCAAUACAUGCUGGGUUCAGUAUCAAAACAUUUAAGACAUUCAAAACAUUUCUCAUAUAGUUUAUCCAGUCUUGUCAUGUUUUAUGAUUACAAUUCAUCUCAUGCCAAAAUAAAAACAUGCGAAUGCCUUGAGAGAGAAAAAUCUACUUACUUUCACAUUUUAAAUCUUAAAAUCUACUCAUGGACUAAAGGAUUCUAAGUUAUUGGUUGAGGUAAAGAACUAGAAUGUUGGCAUUCCAGAGUUUAAAUCCAGAUGACACUUUUGUUUGCUAACCCUUAGGCCUGUUUUAGGCUCCAUUUUAUCUUAUUUUGUCUGUUUCCAACUAUGAACAUUAUGUCCCAGUCUCCACAUAGCAAGUCUAUUAACUACAGACUAUUAAAAUAAAGCACAGAAAGGGAGCAGGGGGCGCAGGGGUUCGUGCAGGGAUGGAAGAAAGCAUUGGCAGGCAUUAUGCUUCCAUGGAGAGAAGAGGAGAAUGCCGGGAAAUGUUCCUAGUUUGUCCACAGUGAAUAUCUAGAAAAGCCCAUCAAACUUAGUAACUUCAUCUGCUGGUUCUACCUACACUUGACAUUGUUCUAUAGUCUCCCAAAGUAACCUUGUUAUCUCUUUCUCUCAAGAUAUUUUCAGGAUUAGCUUGUUAUAAAGGAUAAUUUGUACAGAUCUCCUGUGAUUACUAGUCAAGCCUUUUGGACACUUGGUUGUACUGGACCCAUUUCCUUAGACCCCUGGCAUAUAACCACAGGACCUGUACAGAAUAGACGUGGGCGGUGUCCAGCCUCUGCCUAAGUAGACCACAGUCCCAGUGUUUGCUGAUGGCAAAGACAGAAAGCCCUACUUCCUUCCCAGCUCUUCUACCAAUUCAUGGUUUUCCGUAACGUUUUUCUUAGUUUCUCAUUGUCUAAAUAGUUCAAGUAUAUCUUCAGUCAUGAAAAUCUGUAGACUCACACUCAAAAACAACCAGACACAACACAGAGCUACCACUGAACUACAUUCCAGCAAGGGAUAUGUGAAUACACAGGUGGAACCAAGAAAAAAGGAAAACACCAGCUAUGGGGUCCUGCCUGGGACUGCAGGGCACCAUGGAAGACCCUAGACUUGGAGUUGGGUGGGUGUGGGCACGUUACUUCCCUUUUCUGAGCCAGGGUCACCUCAUCUGUAGAGCAGGGGCUUGAAAGUUCCUCUCAUAGGGAUAUUUGAGCAUCGGAUGAGAUGAAAAUCACAUGCCUAGGCACUUAAUAUUUAUUGAAUUAAUACAAUCAUCUGAUUAUGGUGUGGUAGUAACAGAGAAAACUCAGUCACUGCUCUAUACCUUCUCUUUGGGAGGGCUCAAAGUGAAAACAAAAUUAGCUGUAAUUAUUCUUUUUUUUGGCACAGUUCUUGUGGGAAGAAGAAGUAUGGCUUAAAAAAUUAUUUUCUUCCUUCAUAACUUUUCUCCUUCCCAAAGUAUAUUCAUGAAUGGAGCUCAGUUGUUGGUCUGGAAGGAACACUAGUAUGAAGGAACAAAAGAAAGAAAAAAAAAGUUUUAAGUGCCUUGUUUUUCCUCCCCGAUUCAGUGACUUAGAUCACCUGAAACACAAAUAUAAUUCAGAGCAUUUACUUAGAUGUUUUUCCUUCAUUUUCUUUUUUGUAUGUGCAUCCAGUCAAUUUACUAAUGAAGAUGCUGAAAGUCAGAAAUUCCUGACAAAUGGAUUUUUAGGGGAAAAGAAGCUGGCAGAUUAUGAUGAUGAACAUCAUCCUGGAACCACCUCCUUCGGAAUGUCUUCGUUCAACUUGAGUAAUGCCAUCAUGGGCAGUGGAAUCUUGGGCCUGUCCUAUGCCAUGGCCAACACGGGGAUCAUACUUUUUAUAAUCAUGCUGCUUGCUGUAGCAAUAUUAUCACUGUACUCAGUUCACCUUUUAUUAAAGACCGCCAAGGAAGGAGGGUCUUUAAUUUAUGAAAAACUAGGGGAAAAGGCAUUUGGAUGGCCUGGGAAAAUUGGAGCUUUUGUUUCCAUUACAAUGCAGAACAUUGGAGCAAUGUCCAGCUACCUCUUUAUCAUUAAAUAUGAACUACCUGAAGUAAUCAGAGCAUUCAUGGGACUUGAAGAAAAUACUGGAGAAUGGUACCUCAAUGGCAACUACCUCGUCAUAUUUGUGUCUCUUGGAAUCAUUCUUCCACUUUCUCUUCUUAAAAAUUUAGGUUACCUUGGUUAUACCAGUGGAUUUUCUCUUACCUGCAUGGUGUUUUUUGUCAGUGUGGUGAUUUACAAGAAAUUCCAAAUACCCUGCCCUCUGCCUGUUCUGGAUCACAAUGUUGGAAAUCUGACAUUCAACAGUACACUUCCAGUGCACAUGGUAAUGCUGCCUAACAACUCCGAGAGUAGUGGGGUGAACUUCAUGAUGGAUUACACUCACCAGAAUCCUGCAGGGCUAGAUGAGAACCAGGCCAAGGGCUCUCUUCAUGGCAGUGGAGUAGAGUACGAAGCACACAGUGAUGACAAGUGUCAACCCAAAUACUUUGUAUUCAACUCCCGGACGGCCUACGCGAUUCCUAUCCUAGCAUUUGCUUUUGUGUGCCAUCCAGAGGUCCUUCCCAUCUACAGUGAACUUAAAGAUCGGUCCCGGAGGAAGAUGCAAACAGUGUCAAAUAUUUCCAUCACGGGGAUGCUCGUCAUGUACCUGCUUGCUGCCCUCUUUGGUUACCUAACCUUCUAUGGAGAAGUUGAAGAUGAACUACUACACGCUUACAGCAAAGUCUACACAUUCGACACCCCUCUCCUCAUGGUACGCCUGGCGGUCCUUGUGGCUGUGACGUUAACGGUACCCAUUGUCCUGUUCCCAAUUCGAACAUCAGUGACCACGCUCUUAUUUCCCAAAAGACCCUUCAGUUGGAUAAGACAUUUCUUGAUUGCAGCCAUACUUCUUGCACUGAAUAAUGUUUUGGUCAUCCUUGUGCCAACUAUAAAAUAUAUCUUUGGAUUCAUAGGGGCUUCUUCAGCCACUAUGCUGAUCUUCAUUCUUCCAGCAGUGUUUUAUCUUAAACUUGUCAAGAAAGAACCACUUAGGUCGCCACAAAAGGUUGGGGCUUUAAUUUUCCUUGUGGUUGGAAUCAUCUUCAUGAUUGGAAGCAUGGCACUCAUUAUAAUUGACUGGAUUUACAAUCCCCCAAAUUCCAAGCAUCACUAACCCAAGGAAAAAUACUUUUUCUAUUGGAAACGGUUGCAAAUUAUGCUGCAAAAGACAUUUGAGUUCUAUUGAUUGGAAUGUUAUUCAUAGGAAAUAACAGGAGGAUUCCAAAGAUGUUUAUAGUAACAUCACCAGGCACCUAUGGAAGAGAAAAAGCAUCAUUUGUGUCAAGAAUGGCUGUUUAUAUGUUUAAAACCUGUGGUGCGCAUUGCUACCCAUGUUUUCCCAGAGCAGUAUAAGAGGAUGUAUUUUUGCUAUUGUGCAAACAGAAUAAGGGUAGCUGCAGGUAAUGGUCAUCAGAUAAUACCCUUCCCCCUUCCCCCCAAAUUACAAAAUACUUGUAUUCUUGGAACAUCAAACAAAAAUGCCCUGGUGGCAAAGCUUUCUAACUGCUUAAUACCUUCCCCCAAUCCAGCACCCAAUACUCUGGGUUAAUUGAAUAACAGAAGCAAAAGGCAGGUCCCUCGAACUGUCCCUGUAAGGUACAUGAAUGAUCAGACAGCAGGCUAGAACAUCUUACUCUCGCCAGUAAAGGAAUAUCUUGCCCAUUUUGUUUGUGACAUUGAAUUAGUGACUUCUUCAUUUAAUAGAUUUUUUGGUAAAUGUUAAAACAUCUGACUAAACACAGGCAUACCUCGUUUUAUUGUGCUUAGCAGAUACUGAGGGGUUUUUUUUGUUGUUUUUUUUGUUUUGUUUUGUUUUACAAAUUGUUUCGCGGCCACCUUGCAUGGAGCACCAUUUUUCCAACAGCAUCUGCUCCCUGUGUGUCUCUGUGUCACAUUUUGGUAAUUCUCACAGUAUUUCAAACUUUUUCAUUAUUAUAUUUGUGAUGGUGAUCUGUGAUCAGUGAUUAAGACUUGCUGAAAGCUCAGAUCUGGUUAGCAUUUUUUUGCAAUAAUGUAUUUUAAUUAAGGUAUGUACUUUUUUUUUUUAGACAUAGUAGGAUUGCACACUUCGUAGACUAUAGUGUAAACAUAACUUUUGUAUGUACUGGGAAACCAAAAAAUCCAUUUGACUUGCUUUCUUGUAAUAUUUGCUUUAUUGCCGUGGUCUGGAACUGAACCUGCAAUCUCUGAGGUAUGCCUGCAUGUCUUAGGAUCUGUCCCUGUAAGGUACAUACAUGAAUGAUCAGACACCAGACUAGAGCACCUUAUUGUCAACAGUAAAGGAAUGUCUUGCCCAUUCUGUUUGUGACAUUAAAUGAGUGCCUUCUUCGUUCAAUAUAUAUAUUUUUUUAAUAAACGUUAAAACAUCUUGCUAAACAGAGAGAGGGGCUUUAUUUAAAUGAUAGAGCAACAACAAAAAUAAUGCUUAUUGCUAAACUGCCUGUUCUGGAAGCGUUUGCUUUUCAAUAUUAUUCCUAGUCCUCUUGUCAUGCUUUUGUCAUUGAACAAUGCUCUCCCUCUCGUCUUCCAUUGUCAUCCAGAAUUUUUAGAUAGACCACAAUUCAUGUGGAGCUACAUUACCCAGUAUUGUUUGAUACAUUUUUAUUUGAUAAACAUUCAGUGCAGGAAACUGUGAUUGCUAUAUGUUUAUGUAUAUAAUCUUAUUCUGUAGUCCUCUGAACUUUAAUGUAUGGUACAUUUGAUUUUUAUUUUUUACAUGUGUAGCUUUCUCUCUUCACAGUCAAAAUGUUUAUACUAUUGAGGGUGGGGGCAGGGAAUUAAGUUGAUGGACUCAGAAAUCCAUUUGUAUGUAUCUGUCUAUUGAGGAUAUUUUAAAUUUGAAACCUAAGUUAUAUAUAGUUCAGUAAUGCUCUCCAAUGUUUACAAUAAUAACACAAUCAUCCACAGGAAAAUAAGUUCCUUGUUUGCAAAUAAUUAUCAGUACUAAGGUUGUUCUUUUAACUUAGCAUGUCUACAUAGGAUUUAGUUCAUUUUGGUUUGCACAGGAGUUUGCUGACAUUCAUUUGUCAUUUAACACAAUGUUAAAUGGCUUUCCAUAAAAACAGAAGUGCUAACACUACAGAGAGAUGAAAACUAUUAUUCUUGAUCACUUCUGCAACACACUUACAUGAAAUGGAUUUAAAAACUAGCACUCACUGCCUAGAAUUUCUGGAGUUUGCCACCUUCCCCCUCCAAGUCAGUAGCAAGAACAUUUAUUGUAUAUUUUUAUAUUUUAGUAAAGCCAAGUAUGAAAUACAAGUAUCAUAUCAGUGUAAUAUUAAAUCAUAUUUCAAUAGUUGCUUUGGAAUGUGCCUUAAUAUACAUUUGUUUUAUGUAUCAUUUUCUAAAGGCAUAAUACUGUCAAAUGGUGCACUUUGUUAUGGAAAUUGAGCAUUACUAGAAACUAUCAUAACUUUUGAGUCAUUAUUAUAACUUGCCAAAGAGCAUCUUCAAGAUAGGUUUCCAUUUAUGUUCACCUAAAGAGUGUAUCAAAAUAGAAAGUGGAAAAAGGUACCUUCUGAGUAUUAAAACAAAAAGAAAAAAAGGUUUAAUCUGAAUGUCUGUAAAUGUAAAUAUCAAAGAUUAAUUCAAAAGAAUCGGGAAAGUAUAAAAUUUGUAUGUAUUUUGAAAUGACUAACUUGAAAAUAUCGACCUCUGUAAUUAUACAGAUAUUCAAGAGCAAUACUACUGUGCCAAAUAAUGAAGCACCAUUUUUCUUCUCAUGGCCAUUUUCAGGAUUAGAACUCACACAGACUGCAGGGCAGACUUACAUAUGGUAUCUUGUACCGGUUAAUUUAACCCCAUUUAUGAACAGAUAAAAAUUUUAUUUUCUUAUUUCAUUUAUAAGAUGGUUCAAUGUACUGGGAGGCUUUUUUUUUAUUACAGAAAGUGUAUAUUGGUAUAUAAUAAAUGAACUUUUCAAAUGAC